CUUUCCUUUUCUUUCCCCAAUCUUAAAGCUCUUUUUAAGGGAUAAAUAAUCUUUAUUCUCUUUAGAAUGCAUAUAUUUUUCAAUGGGGGAUUGAAUUUGGACUACGUAUCCCAGCAUUCCCCUCUUCUUUCUCCUCUUCCCAUUUCCUGUCUCUAGCCUUAAUUGUUUCUCUUCAACACCUGAUUACAUUUAGCAUUUAGGCUCAGGGACCAAUCAGCUCUCCACCCCAAUUGAAGAACUCCUUGCUCCAAACACUUUUAGUAACGGGGAGCAGGACAGAACUUCAUAGUCCUCUGAAGAAGCGACUGUGUCGCGAAACGUCAGGACAUCGCUUUUAAACUUGUUUGGAUGGCUUUUUUUCUUUUUUGCUACAGUGUGCACACUGAUUCUUUUAAAGGAUUACUUUUUUCAAUAAAGAGGAUUAAUUGAUUUUUUCCUGGACUGAGCCUAUUGUUUGGAGAAGAGUUCUGCUGGAGGCCGUUUGGCUGAAUCCUCUUGGACCAGUCUUCAGUGUUUGGACACCAGACGGAUCUCUCUAUGGUCCGGUGGGAUUACACAUCACAUACAGAUUAUAAGUCAUGCUAUACACACUGAUGCCUUUCCCAAGGGUAUGUCUAAGCAAGUGAAUAGGUUGACCAAAUUUAUUAAACCAGCAUGUCCCAAUAAUGUAGUCUUACAGUAUGUUGCCGAUAACACCAACCAAUGGAUGCGACGGAACAUGCGGCUCCUUCUUGACCACUAUACGGUGACCCAAUCUAGUUUGCUGACUAACAUAAAAGAGUGGCUUGAUUCGGCUUGGGAACAAGAAGUGAUGGCGGUUUCUUCUGGCACCUCUGCUUUGACUUCUGUACAGACCCUUCCCAAUGUAGAUUUGGAUCGAUCAGAACAUGCAGGUUUUUCUUGUGAGCCCUCGUCUCGGAUCUCCACAAACUUGAUCCCACAGGUCCAUUCGACGGUGGUUGAUGUCAGUUUCUGCAAGGCCAAACCGGUCACGGUUGAGGCAGAGAUGCAUCAUUUGCCCACAGAGGAUUUGAUCCAAUUGUGUGAUACUCCAGAUAGAACUCUAGUACUUGGAGAUAAGAUUGUUGAUAGUGAGAUACAAUCAUGUGAUAUUGUCUUCAGUAAUGUAGCUGUCCCUAUAUCACAAACUAUUCUGCCUUGUACCCCUAAUUCUGACUCGGUGAAGGAGGCCGAUUCGGGAUCAGGUAAAGAGGCUGUGAUGAAGGACAUAAUAAAGGACUCUUGACCAAGGUCUUAUCUGAAGCCUCCUCAUUUUUAA